UAGUUCAUUUAUCCCUUCCAGUAUUUUAUGUAUUGGUUGUAUCUUAGUCUUAAGGUAAAGGUCAGUUUCUUCAUACAGUUGCAGUCCAGUUAUUCUUUGGAGGCUUUGCUGCAGUCGUGUUAGCAAAAAGUAGGAAUGUCUUGCUAGUAGUGUUUUAAAGAGGUAAUGACCCUGACUGAUGAUGAUUUCUAAAACUGUGUGGGUUUGGUCAAGACUGAACUGGCCAUCUGUGUUACUGUCCGAUGUGCAACCUCAACAAAACUUAAGUCUUAAAAAAGCCAGAUGUGUCCAAUUUCCACCUCUUUAUCUAUGGAAUGGAGUCUCCUCUUGGAGCUACUGUACCAGGUCUUUGAACCCUGCAGUUCCCCCGUCCCUGCUUCCUGCUCAAAACCAGCCACAUCUACCCCGUCUGAUAGCCCUCACUGUCUACUUCAGUGGGCACUCUGAAGCCAUGGUGCCACACAACCCCCCCCAUUGGUCCUCAGACUACUUAAUGUGAUGUGUGCGGCUGCUUUUGGGGGGUGGGGGGGGCUAUCAUUAGAAAGUGUUUCACCCUGAACCCCAGCUCCAAUCUUUGCCUCCUCUAGCAGUAGCAGCCUGGCAGUUUGUUCCUGUCUGUCACCAGCCCCGUGCUAUAAAGUCAGCGUUAUCUGCGGUGUUAAGUGCAGGCCACAGACGGAGGGUCAGCUUAAAGUGAGGCAGCAGAGACACCCUGUCCCGCCUGGCCCCGCCGCACACAGGAAGCAGGGCUGCGCUGGGUCCCCCUUGUCUGGCUCUGGAGCCUGCCUCGGCCCGUAGCGCAGGCACUAAUGCAGGGAGACGCUCGGGCGAAUUACUCUCUAAUUUCCCCUCAGGACUCAGACGAUCCCACUGGCCCUUGAGAAUCAGACUGAGGAUUUGUUCAGAGUGAUUUGUUUUGUCUUGUCCCCCUGAUCCCUGUCCAGUUCCUUCACUCAAGUUCUAGUUCUCCGCUCCCAGUGUUGUUGAGGCCACUAAAUUGGGGAUUUGAGAAAAGAGGCAUUCAAGGAGCACGAGCCCUUAGAGGACUGUAGCUGCAGCUGUUACACUUGUGUAAAAAUGAUGGAGAAGAAAGCAACAAGUCACCAUUUAAUAACACUGACACUGACAAACUUAAAUCUUUAGUCCUCCAUGCAGGCUUCAUUCUGACAAAAAUAACUCCUCUAGAGAUGGGCGGGCAGCCUUUUGUAAAAUGCGAGCUUUCUUGUGCGCCUUAGUCAUGUUUUGUGAUGCCCAUAAUCUAUUCAUCUGCUACAGGAACUAAUUUUGUGUGAGUGACCGAGCCGCUCAGCCUCAGUGCGUCAUGUUUGCAGACCUGUAGCUUAAUUCCCUUCCAGCAGGGGUUUAAUUGAGUGACUAAUACACAUGCAGUUAAAGCCCUUUGAAGACAAACUGCCAUAGCUGACUGCCUCACAAGUCUGUUCAGAAAUUAAACAAUGAUGCAUCAAGCUGGUUUUCUGCUGAGACUUGAAUGAUAAUGAUAUUGCAAGUUAAACUGUCAAGCUGGGCUCAGGCUGUCGUGUUUAACUUUCACAGUGCCUAAUGAGAACCUGACUGUUACAUUCUUUUAUUAUGCCUCUGUGUAUGGGACACUGGGAGUCUCAGUGCUCAGUGCUUUUUGUUGGUGCGUUAACAUGAGGUUAAUUUAGGUAUUUUUUGUACCAGUGUGUGACAUGGAAAAUAAAAAGAUCUUAAAAGAUCUUAAAGAUCUAUAAAUAUGUUUCUGACUAAGAGAGAGGAGGAUGUUAGACCCAAGCUUGGUUUUGUUAGUGAAGUUGAGGAAUUAAAUGAACUGAUAGUUUGGUGCUGGUUGUGUCAAGAGAAAGAUCGUUUCUCUAUGAAACUCCAUUAUCAGAAAAACAAUAACAGUCACACAAUGACAAAGUACAGAGAAGUGGCAACCCUUCAUAGAAGUAUUAAAAGAGGAUUUUAGUUUAAUUUAUUUGUCACAUAAAUAUUUAAUCUUUUCCAGCUACGCUACAGUAUAAUAAUAAUCAUAGCUCUAACUAAACAGACGAGGCAGCACACAUCACUUUUUCUGUCAUUAAAAUCAUGAAAAUUGAUGUUAAACCGCAAAACGUAAAAAACCUGCCAGGAGUGAUUAGAUGAGUUUUAUAUGGAUGUUUUAAACCACAUUUUCUGUUUGAGUUAUUCGGUUAAUAACUCAAAAAAAAAUUACAUCCACCAAAUUACAGUUAUUACCUUAACACUUCAUGGCUUUCCCUAAUUUUAGGAUAAUUGCUUAAACUUGAUUUUGAAUGGAUGAAAUGUUUUGGAAGUCCAUUACAGAAAAUGAAGUAUUACCUGUCUGUAAGGACUCAGUCUCCAUACAAAGGAUUCUCAUGUGCUCUGUCUGUUAACUGUACUUUUUGUGCUGCUACAAAACACAUAAUAAUGUAGUAUAAUAAAAUGUAUCAGCCACAGGCACCAUUUUUUAUGCAAAAUGAGAACUUUUACUUUUGAUCCCUUGAGUACAUUUAUCUGAAAUAAUUUUGUACUUGCAGAACAUUUACUUGAAAUUGAGUAUUUUUACUUUGGAGUAUUGGUACUUGUCUGAAUAGUUCUUCCACCAUUGUAUAGCCAAUGUCAACAAAACACACCAGUUUAAUAAUUUGGUUUAAAAAAGUUAGGGCUGUUUUCAAAUGUGGGUGUUGAGUUUAAAAAGGUGUCAGGUUGAGUUUAACUUUUUAAUCACAGCUGCUGCAGAGAGAAUUAACAGGAGACACAGACUUUAAGUUUCUUCUUAAAAAGAAUCCAUAGUGUUUGUUUAGUGAAUUCAAACUGGAGCUAAUUUGAUGAUUUCCACUACAAACAACAUAUUUAUGAUCAGCAGUUCCAGGCGCUGAUUGGCCACAAACUGUAUUCUCUAUUAAUGACAUCUAUUCUUUUUACCACUUUAAUUCACUGAACGGUUUAUUUUUAGGGCUCACUUCACUAAAUAUAACCCGCCUCGAUCAUUUGUCAUGGCGGAACAACAAGUAACAUUAUCCCAUUUUGCGCUUUUUUUUCCCCUUGCCCACCGGCUGAGUUGGAUGAGAGGUGUCGGGUUUUGGGCUAUAAAAGGAAGGACGCACUCCAGGGCUUGACACUCAUCAUCCAGACUAGAGCCUGUAAUGCUGGAGAUGAAGGCGGGUUCUCUUUAGCCAAGACAGUUUCCUCACUCAAGGCAGUUAUUUUCAGCGUUUCAGAUUUAAUUCUGCGCGUGUUUUGCGUCAACUGGCUUCUUCAGCGUCAAAAUGACUAUUUGGUGCAACUCCUGCAAGUGUCAUGUAAAGGCUCCGUGCACCUCUCAUCAUCUGCCUGAGGAUGACCGCCGCUCACUCUGCAGAAGGAUCAGAUCAACCAAAGGAGCAUCCAAAGCCCGACGGGACCACAUCAAUCGUGAGAUCAGGAAUAUGCGGGCUCUGUUGCCCAUCACCCAGGAAGACCAGGAGCGUCUCUCCUACCUGCACUCCAUGGCAGCCAUCUGCACCUACAUCAGGAAGUCUGUUUUCUUCCAGGGACUCCCAGCUGGGGAGAGAUCACACUGUUCUCUGCCAUACGAGGCCUUUCUUCAAGCCCUGCAUGGCUUCAUCCUGGUCACUACCACCCAAGGGAGGCUGGUCUACGUGUCCGAAAAUGUAGCUGAGUAUCUUGGCCUGUCCAUGAUUGAUGUGCUUCAAGGAGACAAUUUCUAUGACAUGGUGGAUCGCUCUGAUGUUGAUGUUGUUAAAUCAAACCUGGACAUCAAAAACAGCUCAUCAUCAGAGAGGAGUUUUAUAUGCUGUAUGCAAACCUCCAAAGCCUUCAAGCUGCAACACGGCAGCUGCUGCUCCAUGCUGGUCAGAGGGAGCUUCCAGUCCUUCCCUCAGCCCUGUCCGUCCUCCUGUGCAGCCUCUCCCCCCACCGAGCCUCUGUUUGUGGCCCUCUGCACCCCCACAGUGAACCACCUGCGGAGCUCAGACUCCCACCUCUGCCACAGCUUCAACAGCAUCCACACACUCGAUAUGACCUUCACUCAGCUGUCAGACAGUGUUGUAUAUUUUUUGGGGUAUUCAGCAGAUGAAAUGAUUGGUCGGUCGUGGUACAGUCUGGUCCAUCCUGAAGACCUUUCGUUAAGUGCAGAUUCUCACAGAAGUUUAAUGCAGACAGAUGAGGGCUUCCAGGUAGAGAUGGUGCUGAGACUGCAGUGCGAGGAUCUGUCAUGGACCUGGAUCUACAUUCAAGCUAACAAGGAUCCUGAGCGUCAGAGCAUCAGCUGUGCUAACUACAUCAUCAGUGAAACAGAGGCCAGAUUUCUGCAGAAGAAAAUCAGCAGCGAUGCCUUCAGGCCGUCGUCUCUGGCAAAUUCCUGCAAUUUUACAGCUCAACAGGCGCCUCACUCUCAGACCUACAACAACACUAAAUGUUUUAAAAGGCAGAGGACAUCUGACAGCCAAAGCGAGGAGCCAGGUGCCAGAGCUAGGAGGGAGUCAGAGCAAGACAGAUACUAUGUGGCGUGCGCCUCCUCCCAAGGCGAUUGCUCACCUGUUCCCUUGGGUGAGAGCCCUGCUCUCUUCACCCCUCCCUACAGCCCAGACUCCUCCAGCUCUCUGCAGCAGGAGGAGCUCAGCCAUGGCCUCCUGAUGGAUGUGCAUGGAUACACAGAUCAGCUGCUGUCCUCCCCUGAGGGUUCUCCCUCCUAUUACUCUUACCCAGAGGCAGGGCUCACCUGUCACCAGUCGCCCUCCGACUCCCUCCCUGCAGCCGCUGAACAAACCUUUGACCAGGGGGCCUUUGGUGCAUUCACUUCCCGCUCUCCACUCUCCUCCUCAUCUCCAGCCUAUGAUUUUCAAGCUUGUACAUCUGAUGCUCGAUUAGUUCCAGACUGCCUGUCUGCGUCCGACAUGUGUGAGAGCCCAGUGGACUGUGCUCUGCAUCAAGACGAUUUCAGCCUCCUAGAGCAGCCAGAAGGGGGCAGCCUUGUCCAAGUGCAUCAUGUGCCCCACCACGUGUUGCCUAUGCAUUCCAGUCUUCUUACCCCCAGCCAGUCUCCCACAUCCACAGAGUCUAACCAGUACAAUGAGAGGGAGCAGGCAGAGAUCAGUAUUCUGGCACAGCAGAUCUCCUCUCUGGCCAGCAGCUUCGACAUGUAUCACACCCUGAACCCGCUUCAAAACAUGACCCAACCUGCAGCUACCAACACCCUGCCCUCCGCCUGUGACUGGCCCCAUCACCCUCCUCUCCCCUCAGCCCUUCCUCUAAAGCGUGAGCUGGUCCUUGAUGAUGGCAUGUUCGACAGCAUCCUGAAAGACUUGGACAUGGCUGCAAGAAAAGGCAGCACGUCCGGCCCUGCUGUUGUAUCAUACAGCUACCAGCAGGGUUUAGUGUGCAGCAGGAGUGGGCCCCAUCACUCGGAGCAGGAGCCUCUGGGUCUCUCCACGGCCACUCCAGAGGACCCGCUGCCUGCAGAGCAGUUCACUGCCAUGGAUCCCUUCAGUUUGCAGCUGGGACACCAUGACCAAAACACUGGGUUGCAUCAACUCAACCACUACAUGCAGAGAAGCCUUCAGCAAGAUGGACUUGCUAAAGAAAACCUGUACUGAAAUAAGUCUGUGACUUACUGUACUAUCACUUGUAUGACAUAUUGUCAGGACAACCUUCCUUCGCUGGAUUCAAAGAAGAAUGUGAGCAAAGACAUUUAAAGGACAUCUUUGCUGAGACACUGUUUCCUCCCAGAUGACUUAUUUCUGAAUGUAGAAAAGAAUCUAAAGUAGAUUCUGUUUUCUUCGAGACUGCAGCUUUGUCUUCAUUCCUCCAGACUGCUGUCAACUGUGUUUAAUGUUUUGCUGAUGUCUUAUAUUUUAUGAAAAAGGUACUUUUUAAACUGCCUGUCAACACUUACACACUGAAAUGGAGGUAUAUUUUUCUUCUAAUACUGAGUGACCACAGUUUACCAUUGAGCACUUUAUCACGUCAUUGGCACAAGAAUUUUAUAAAUGAGAUGUGCUGUUUAAAGGAAUAUUACCUAGAUUUCAAAGCUACCUGGGUGAGCUAUGAUCAGUCCUUCUAACAAAGUUUUUUAAAUACUCGUUUUCAGGUGCCUUAAAACAUGCAGGCAAGACACUUAUCAGUUUGCUAAGUUUGCUAAAAAUAAUAUUUCCAUUCCUUAUUUUUGAAGUAUCUCAUUUUUGUUGGCAUGCCAUUAAUUCUUUCAAGCUGUUAUGAAUAAAGAAAACAACCUCAGUCAGCGAGCAGCGAGAUAAUGAUGAUUGUCACUACAACACCUACCUCAGUGGUGCAUCGAAAUACAUUCCAAGUCUGACUUUUAAGAGUUCUGUGUAUUUAUUAGGUAAUGAACACACUGAUCUAACUUUAUUCACUUAACAGUGUGAAACUUCAUGCAUUCCAGAUAAAUAUUUUCCACGGUACUGGAACUGUAAAUGUCUUAAUGUUCAGUGUUAUCGUGUUAUUCAUUUGCUUCACAUGUUUGAAAUUGAAAUAAAUUGAAGAAAAAUA